AUGCCGAAAUUCCGGAGUAUCGGAUUCCGGAAAGUGAAAAGUCUCACUCCGUACAACUAUGGGUACGUCUUGGAUCCGGCUGCGUUGAUGUCACUUCAUAGACAUCAUCAACAACCGCCGACGUAUGAGGAUUCGAUCAAAUCUCACUCACCUCCAAAGUACGACAUGACUCCAGCUACAACUAAUUCAACUUCGCACAAUUCAAUGGAGCUCCCUACCAGUAGUGCGACCACUGCCAGAAUCGAAGGAACUCGUAUCGAAUCUCCACGUAGCACUCCAAUCCUUCUCCAUACUCGCUCCAUGUCAGACUCAUGCCUUUCACCAUCUGCGGAUCUGAACGAAGAGGAAGAAGGACGGAAGAGUGCAAGAUAA